AUGUCGGUGUUUUACGAGAUCGACGCGGCAAGCUGUUCGCGAGUGAGGAAGUAUCCAUGGUGGUGCGAUCUCAACGGCCCGUUCGAGUUGUCCGACGGGAGCUGCGGUGUUGGUCCAUUCACCUUGAUCCGCUACACAUCGAAUGAAACGCCGGGAACCUUCAAUUUGCGAUGUUUGCACAGUAUGAGAAAGAAAGCCUACGAUCAACUACCACAAAAAUGUGACGUCUUCGCCGUCAUCCGCCGAGACGGUACCCUCGUGCGAAGACGAUACUUGCACAACCACCCUCCGAUGCCGGCGCCGCCGAGUCACCUGCACUUGGAAGCCAUCGACUCGCCUAUUCAACCGAGUUUCGACGAAGUCGUUGCUCUUCUCUCGAGAGACGGACGCGGAAGGCGGAAAAAUCCCGUACUCGAAGUGAAAAAAGUUGAGAUCAACUACGUGAAUCCAGACUUUGAAGGCACCGAGUUCAGUGCUCAGUUUUGCGCCGACGACCUCGAUCGUGAUCUAGAUUCGAGUACGCCCGAAGCAUCCGAAGAGGAGGACUCCCAAAUAAUAUUAUCAGAAACUGACCGAGCUUGUUCGUGUCCGUUCGAAAAAUGUGGGAAGGUUUUCGCCAAUCCUCGGCUCACAGCGAUUCACUACAGGAGAGCUCACAGCACUGGUUUCCGAGCGGAACCGCUCUUCAGAAUACGAACCAAUCUCAUCAGGCGUGGUCCCCUCUGCCGAGGACUCCAUUGUCCUCAGUGCCUACAGCAACAAGCGAGCCUCGACAUCUUCCGUGAGCACUUGCGGACGUCGCAUCGAUUGCUACUCUGCGAAUAAAAGGAAAUAUCCGAUGAUCUCA